CCCACACCCCUCCGCCGCCAACCCCCAACACCACUCAGUACCAACACUCUUGCGUCAACUACAAGGAGAAGAUUCAUUUGUUUGCCUGGGUUCUUCCUCGCCUCAGGUUCACAUUUCUCACCCUCCAUGCCAUACUUUUUUCAAAAUUAAUCUCACAUAUAAAACCAAAUCACUCCGUGCCUUUAUAUUUUCCAACAAAUUUAUAGCAUUUUCUAGCUUUUGAUCAAUGGAAGCAAAAGCGUGGGAAUAUUCUUCAAAUGAAGACAGUGAUGAUAACGAUGAAGUCUAUUUGCAAAAUGCAAGUGACGAAGAGGACCUUCACUUCACAUCUAGUUCCUUGCCCAAAUUGCAGUUCAGGAACGUGAAAUCAAAAGCCAUGUGGAAUGAAGAAACGGGAAUGGCUGAGGUUAUUGAGAAGAAUGGAAAAAUGUGGGUAUCAACUGGAAUAGUUCGCAGCGGCAAGAUUUAUACUACAAUCGAGGAGACUUUGUAUCUUAUGGAACUAGGAGCCUUACAUCUCGUGGACGACGAAAACAGCAGCAUAUCUCUAGUAGAAAUGUACGAUAAGGUUGCAGGCAGGAAGAGUGGAUGUUGCUGGGAGUUGUUUGAGGCGUAUAGGCAUCUCAAGUCUCUUGGAUACAUAAUUGUGAGACAUGGUGUUGCUUGGAGUUUGAAGAGCAUUAGAAAUUCUCAAAAACAAGCUGCUCUUGAAGGCACGGAAGAAAGCGCACAACUAGUAGACAUGGGUUCCAAACUCGAGCUUUCCAUCAGUAAGCUAUUUGGUGAAUUGAAGAUUAACGAUUUGAAGCCGGAUUUUGAUGUUUAUCUUCCUGACAGCAGGUUUAGAAAAUCUUCUCCAGGUGAUCCAAAUUUUCUGCUGUACUUGUCUAGGGAUCAUCUGCCAUGUAGAGCGGAAAUUGAAGCCCUUGAGAGACAAUGCGGGGGGAUUCCGUUGAAAAUCUGUCUGGUCACAGAAGGAAGGGUCAGUUUCUUUUCCUUUGACAAGGUUGAACUUCCUGUACUACCCUGAACGUUGCGGUAUCAAUUCUAAUUUGCCACUCUAUGCUCAGAGGGAAAAUAGCUUGUAAGAUCCAAUAAUGUGCAACAAAGCUGCAGAAAUUAUGGUUAAGAUAGCCUUGCACUGCAUAUGGGUUCAGUGUCACAAACUGGAGCAUGGUUUUGGUAAAACUUGUUAUUAUAAUUAUAAUGCAGAUGCGUGCAAUGUUGUUGACCAUAGCUAGAAACUGAAGGCAAGGGAUUAGCAAUGCAAUACAUGCCUCAGUUUAUGAUGUUAUAGAUGACAGAGAAUACAAAAGUUAUUUAGUUGUAUGGAUGAUGUUCACUAGAGGAUUUAUGAUUAGAGUUGCAAAUAGGGAUAAUGUAUGUGUUGUUCAAGCUAUUAUGUAUGAUUCUUUUCUGUUGAUUUCAAUGGAAGAUUUAUCUGCUGUUGCCAUUUGUUUCGGAA